GUAAAGCGCGGGGUGUUGACAGCGGCCGGCGGAGCAGGAAGUGAGUGAGGAUAAACCGGGAUAAACCGGGACAAACCGGGAUAAAACCGGGACAAAACCGCGACAGACGGCACCACCGGGAUCGGGGGCUCCGGCGGGCGCGGAGCCAUGAGCCGAGCCAGGAGGGUCCCGGGCCGAGGGGGCGGCCAUGGCCAGGCAGAUGGGGCUGCUGGCGGAUCCCGGUACCGGGGGGGGCCCCGGGGAUGUCGCCGGUGGUGGCGGGGACGCGGCGCUGGAGGCGGAGCUGCUGCUGCUGCUGGGGGACAGGGAGGCACCGGCGGGGGGGCCAGCACCCCCACCCCCCCAGCGAGAUCUGGCAGCUGUGGAGGCCCUGGCCCAGCUCUGCCUGCGGGACCCCCCCGAGGAGGAGGAGGAAGGGGAGGAAGAUCUGGAGAACGAGGAGGAGCUGCUGGCAGAGCUGCAGGAGGUGCUGCAGGAGGGCUCUGGGAGCGCAGCGGAUGCCGAGACCCCGCAGGUAUGGCCUGGCUGAUCCCGGGGCUGAUCCCAAUCCUGAUCCCAGUCCUGAUCCCGGGGCUGAUCCCAAUCCCAGUGCCCAUCCCCAGGGUGGGUCCUGGACGAGCUCCCAGUGCUCCUGGUACUCCCGGUAUUCCCAGUGUUCCCAGUAUUCCGGAUAUUCCUGCUAUUCCCGAUAUUCCUGGUAUUCCCAAUGCUCCCAGGAUUCCCAGUGCUCCCGAUAUUCCUGGUGUUCCCAAUGUUCCCGUUGUCCCGGUGUUCCCGUUGUCCCGGUGUUCCCAUUGUCCCGGUAUUCCCGGUGUUCCCGGUGUCCCAGUACUCCCGGUAUUCCCGGUACUCCUGGUAUUCCCGGUGUUCCCAGUGUUUCCGGUGACCCGG